AUGAUUUUCAGAGGCACAUUGAACCGCCAGCCGGCCAGGCUCUUCACCAUGGCCCGCCGUGUAUCGCCUGUCCGAAGAGCGGCUGCCGAAAAGCCCCAUGUUGACGAUUCUUCACUGCACGCGCUGGCGUCGGCGCCCACGCAGGUUGCCCCUGGCUUGUCCUUACACGAUUCGCCCGUGUACGAGCCCCAUAGUGCUAGUGCCAUCGACUGGUCGGACUCUUUCCACGGCUUGGGCCAGGCUCCGUUCCCCAAGGAGGCCAGCGACAUUCUUUUGGCGCCACUCGACCCCACAGACGUCGAGAUCAAGCCGGACGGAAUCUUGUACUUGCCCGAAAUCAAGUACCGGCGGAUCCUCAACCGUGCAUUUGGGCCCGGCGGCUGGGGCUUGGCUCCACGCACGCAGAGCCACAUUACGCCGAAGCAGGUCAGCCGCGAGUACGCGCUUAUCUGUAGCGGGCGUCUUGUCUCCGUGGCCCGCGGCGAGCAGGACUAUUUUGGUGGCGAGGAGAAGUUGACCACGGCCUUGGAGGGCUGCAAGAGUAACGCGUUGAUGAGAUGCUGCAAAGACUUGGGCAUUGCCAGCGAGUUGUGGGACCCUGGGUUCAUCCGAAAGUUCAAGAAGAAAUACUGUGAUGAGUUGUUCGGCGAGCAUGUGGUUACCAAGAAGAAGAAAAAGUUGUGGAAGUUGAAGGUCAACUCUUUGGACUAUCCAUACAAGGCCUGUUAG